AUGGUGCAUUGGCCAGGUCGGGCGCGGGUGGAGCUGGAGGGGGCGGUGGCGGUGGCGGUGGAGGCGGCGGAGGGAGUGGGGGUGGCGGCGGGAGUAGUGGCGGGGGUGGUGGUGGUGGUGGCAGCAGCGGCGGAGACGGUGGUGGUGGUGGCAGCGGUGGUGGAGGUGGCAGCGGCGGAGGUGGAGGCGGCGGAGGUGGAGGCGGUGGAGGCGGCAGCGGAGGAGGCGGUGGUGGUGGAGGGGGCGGAGCUGGUCGGGGUGGUAGCUGCGUCAGGUCAGGUGCUUGCUGCUGCGUCCCGGACCUUCCUGUAG